CCGGACCGUGGGGCAGAUGGCACUCAGAGGAGGGGUACUGCCGCUCGUUCAACGUCUGUGUCAGCCCCAACUGUUUGCCCUCGCUUGUACCUGGAGGCCUGAUGAAUCAGGUUGUCAUCUCCUCUGCAGUGAAGAAAUGAAGGAAAUCUGCUCUAGUAUCAUGAUCAUGGACUGAAGUGUGAGAUUUCAGUUGGUGUGUAGGUGCUUUCCAGUCUGUUGACAGAGCUGGUGGAAUAUGAGCUACGCUGGCAAACUUGGAGGCCUGGUCACAGUUAAACACCUAUCAGGUUAACCACAAGAGUGAGUCACACUACGCUGACAGCUGGGCUGAUGGUAGCUGGGCAGGGCUCAGCCGCUGUGGGCAAGAUGAGGCGCGGGACCAGCCUGCAGAGCCGGCGGAGUAAGGGCUCCGGGUCUGGAUCAGGGAGCGGAGACCGGGAUCCUCUCCUGAGGGGUAGUCCUCAGGCUCCUCACCGCCGCUACACCCAUGACCCACAGCAGCACAUCAGCCGUCCACGCUCCUCCUCCACCACCGAAACCACGCCCAGCAGCCCCACCCCUGGAUACACUGGCGGUGAUGUGGUGUCAUCAGGAUACCAGUCCACAGAGGAAACAGACAGGAUCGACCGGCUGGAGGUGAGCGGGUUGGGCCAAACACCCCUGGCUGUUUCAUGUGGGGCGGACGGUUCAUUCCCAGGAGGUGAUGAUGGCACUCCAGACCCACAGCGCACCAAGCAGGCCAUCGCUCAGCUGCAGCAGAAAAUCCUCAAACUCACAGAACAGAUUAAGAUUGAGCAGACUGCCAGGGAUGAUAACGUGGCAGAGUACCUCAAACUGGCAAACAAUGCUGACAAACAGCAGAGCACACGCAUCAAACAGGUUUUUGAGAAAAAGAAUCAGAAGUCUGCGCAGACCAUCCAGCAGCUGCAGAGGAAACUGGAGCACUAUCAUCGAAAGCUGCGGGAAGUAGAGCACAACGGCAUCCCUCGCCAGCCAAAGGAUGUUCUGCGGGACAUGCAGCAAGGCCUGAAGGACGUGGGAGCCAAAGUCACAGGCUUCAGUGAAGGCGUAGUUGACAGCGUAAAGGGAGGACUCUCCAGCUUCUCUCAAGCCACUCACUCUGCCGCCGGGGCCGUUGUCUCCAAACCUCGAGAGAUAGCCUCACUCAUUCGCAACAAAUUCGGCAGCGCUGACAACAUCCCCUCGCUCAAAGACUCUCUGGACGACCCUUCAGUGGAAGAAGCUGUGACGGGGACUGGCGGGCGCCCCCUAGGCAGUGCUGGGCAUCACCUCCAGCCCAGUCCUAAGUACGGUAGUGAGGAUGACUGCUCUAGUGCUACAUCAGGCUCUGCAGGGGCCAACAGCACCACAGGGGCCCCUGGAGGUCCACCCAGUUCUAAAGGCAACACAUUAGAGAGGAGCCAGAGCUCCAGUUUGGACAUGCUGCUGCAGGAGGUACAAGAGCUUAGAGAAGGCCAGUCGAGGUUAGAGGAGAGUCUGGACGGUUUGAAGAGCCACUAUCAGAGAGACUACACUGUUGUUAUGCAAGCACUGCAAGAGGAGCGCUUCAGGUGUGAACGGCUCGAGGAGCAGCUAAACGACCUCACAGAACUUCACCAGAACGAAAUCCUCAACCUCAAACAGGAGCUGGCGAGCAUGGAGGAAAAGAUCGCCUACCAGUCGUAUGAGAGGGCCAGAGACAUACAGGAGGCAUUAGAGGCCUGUCAGACAAGGAUUUCUAAGAUGGAGCUCCAGCAGCAGCAACAGCAGGUCGUCCAGUUGGAGGGGCUGGAAAACGCCACGGCCAGGACUCUCCUGGGAAAACUUAUCAAUGUGCUGCUGGCCCUUAUGGCUGUCCUUCUGGUCUUCGUCUCAACUGUGGCCAAUUGUGUGGUGCCCCUGAUGAAGACCCGCUCACGCUCGCUCUCCACCCUCCUUCUAAUCCUCCUGCUGGCCUUUCUGUGGAGAAAUUGGGAUGCUCUCUCAGGGUACACACACCGCGCCCUGCAGCCCCCAGGAUGACUAGAUUGGGGUGAGCACUUGUUGCUCUGAUGACAUCAGAUGACGAAACUGUAGCUGCGGUCAUGAAGGAAGUUUGAAGAACGUAGGAUGGCUGCAUAGCCGUGCACUGAAAACACGCCUCAGCACAUUCGGCCGCACUGAAAUCAAGAAAAAGAGGAAGAAACCGUCACGUUGAGAAGGAUUGUUGUUUUAGAAGGACAAGACUGUUCACCUGUUGAAAAUGAACUGUUGUGUUGCUACACCUCAAAAAAUGCAGCAUCGUACUGUUUUUAUCUUUAGAGUUUAAUCAAUUAUAAUGUAAUUUCUAAUAAUAAUAUUUUUAUUUUUAACGUUAUUUUAUUCAGUACUAUGUAGCAUUGUGCUCCUCUUGUUCUGCAAGGAGGGCAGUUUAGUCAGGAAACUGGGUUGGCGAUUCCUCAUAAAGGCCCAGUCUAAUACUAGAGACAUGCAGACAUGAUAAUGUGGUUGAUUGCCUUUUGGAAGCGGACUCUUACCUAGCUGUGAUUGGUAGAUUUGAACCAUGGCUGAAAACCUCUCUGGGGGUUGCUCUUUUCUUCAUUUGCUGUGAUGAAAUGUGUUCAGACUGAACAUUUUGAAGGACUGACUGUGACCUCUGAGUGUCAUGACUUGAGAGUUUUGUGCUUCCUUACAUUUCUAAUAGAAACAAUGACAUGCUUUACUUAUUUCCCUUUUAAGUUAAACAAAAACAUUUUGUUAAAACUGGGAGUUAUCUGUGAAACACAAAGGCAGAAUGGAGACAGCACACCACAUAAACACAUUUGGUCAUUUCUAAGCAUCUGCCAACAAUGCUGUAUGUAUUCAUUCAGAAAAUAACACAGAAAACAACUUUGCUUUUAAAAGCAAUGACAAAAGGCUGUCGUCCGAGUAAAAUCAAUUUGCCAGGAUAAUUGACUCCCCCGCCAUAUUUGAUGCGAUAAGGUCAGGAAAGAGAGACCACUGGUGAUCAUCCUACUGCUCUUAGAUGAAUAGGAAUGCUGCUGCUCCAUAUCUACAGUGCGAAUCCUCUCUACUGCCACAGGCAAAGGCACAUUGCCUGUAUGUGAUACUUUACUCUUCAUCAGAUGUUCUCCCUGUGAAUAAUCUCUAUAGCUGUUCUUUUUUUUAUCAAUACACUAUCUCAUGGUGGAAUCACCCAGUGCCAAACCUUAGUCUACCCAUGGAUGCCCCAGCACCAAAAGGGUCAGGAUCCAGGUCUUGCUAUAUUCAAACAUGUCAUUAAUGUCUUGCCUGGAUGUCACGAAUGUAUUUGUGAGAGGCAUAACUUUUCCAAAGAAAAAACUUUUAUAGAUUUCACAAUGUGAAGAUGAAACUUACUCCUGGUCAGUGUCUCUGCACCUUUCCCCCCUCAAGUACAGUUCUGUCUCUCUUUCUCUCUUCUAGUCAAGGACACAACGAGAUGACCCAGCACAUUUAAUAGUUCACCCUGCAUUUCAAGCUGAGAGGCUGAUUUCCUAACAGAUAGUGAGAUCAUUUGAACUGUACAGCUGCACUUUAGCACACGACUUGAUAACACAUAGGUCAGGCUGAGGUUAGAGAAACCUUUGAUAGACACUUGAAAGGUUGUCACUCUUAUGUGGUGGUCCUCAAUGUGAUGAGAAGAGUUUCUUAUGCUUAUGAAUAAUAUAACUGUGAUGGUUUUUAAGAUAGAACUCCCACAGAGGGACUAAAGCUCAUUUCAAUGUUGAUAAACUUGAUUUUUCUCAAGCUGAACAUGAAAAACAUCGGGGGGGAUUUAUCUGUUCCAACAUUAUGAGUGAGCCCAGCUUUGACCUUAGCCUGACCUUGCAGUAACACCAAUGAUGUAUGGUUGUGUGCUAAACCACCAGUGCCUUCUGAUGUCCUUUUCUAAGUGUGGGAUAAAUAAAGUGCAUUCCUGACUUA